AUGGUGUUUCUAUUCUAUGGAUUUGUGUCAAGUCUAGUAUUCCUUUUGUGUUUUCGGCUAAUCAGCAUUGGCUCAGUGAACUCUGAUAUCUAUGUAAUAUCUGAGGAAGAAAGCGCGCGGAUUAUUUGGAAAGUCGAACAGGACUGCAUCAGCAACAGAACAGCAGAUGCAUCACGUUUGGAUGCUACUGAAAAUUGGCCAUAUCGGUUAUGCCAUUUCCACGCUGUCACUUCUAGUCGCGAUUGUAAUUUCAACGAGAUUCAAGCGCCUGCGGUGUUCCAGGAACACAAUUCAUAUCAACUUUUUCAGUGCCAUUCUUCUUCGAUGCAUCGUUCACUUUUUACGUGCAUUGAAUCCGUCAACUAUGUGGCUGUGUCGUAUGCUUUCCACACUGACGACCUUCACGGUGGCGGCCACACACUCUUGGAUAUUUGUCGAAGCGUUGUUCUUGCACAACACUGUGCUAAUCCAUGUCCUCAACGAGCGCAGUUGUUCUGUGGUAGUCUACAUUGUAACCGGAUGGAUCAUACCAACAAUCGUGGGCCUGACUUGGACGCUGCUGAGGAUCGUAACAGCCCAUCACGUUUACUGGAGAUUAUCUUUCCUGUGAUUAUGAUCGCACUGAAUGUGGCCAUCUUCAUGAACAUUUUGCGAGUAAUCUUGCUGAAAAUGAAAGCACAACCUUCCAGUGAAACAUCAAGAAUUAAGACGUUUUUGAAGUCGACAUCAGUCCUAGUGCUCAUCUUUGGCCUUUAUCAUGUAGUUUUUGUACCACUGGAUUUGAUGGAAUCUCAACACGGUGCAUUGCAAACAAGGAAGCUGGAGUUAAUAAAGCUUUAUUACAGACAAGUCAUGGAGGCACUUCAAGGUUUCUGUGCUGCGUUACUUCUAUGCUUCACGAGCAGAGAGGUAAUUUGCGAACUCAAACGCUACUACCGAACAAAGCAAGUUCAAAAUGCGAUCUACAAUCCGAGUCGUCACGGUUCGUAUGCCGGCACGGGCAGCAAGCGCCAUCUUAUUAAUCCGAACAACCCGGUCACACAAAACACACAGCCGUCGUCGUCGGGCUGCUUUCGUUACCGAGACCUAUACAGAAACAUCUUGAAUAAGGAAAACAAGGUGCAGUCAUUCCACAGGCCUUCUGGUCCUCGAAAGCCAUCUGCACUUUGUAUGCAACAAGAACCGGCUGUAACCCGAGCCAAGUCGCAAUCGGAUAUCACGAAAUCUUGA